AAUCCGUUCCUUCCGAGGUCCUAAGUAGUCUCUCCGAGUCGCUCGAAGGAUCACCGCGGCUCGCAAACGCAGCCUGGUAAUGGAGAGUGCUGCGCGCAGGCGGUUGGAAUCGAUCGGUCGCCAUCUCCUCCCUCCCCGAAUCCUCUCCCGGGACCUUCAUCUGAAUCCGGUUAGUUUGACGGAAUCAAACGCCGUUGGCUCUUCGCCUGUUAUAAUCGGUGGGAUGAUUUUGGACAUCCACGCCAAGCCUUUCACUGAUCCGGUUCCCGGAACCACUAAGCCCGGGGAGGUUCAGUAUGUAAGUGGAGGAGUGGCAAGAAAUAUUGCUGAAUGUAUGUCAAAACUUGGAACUAGACCUUUCAUGAUCAGUGCUGUUGGAUUUGACAUGGCAGGAGAGAUGCUACUGAGGUAUUGGAAAUCUGCUGGACUUUCUACAGAAGGAAUCCUGCAGUCAAAGAGUAUCAGAACUCCUGUUGUUUCAAUUGUAUUUGAUUCCAGUGGAGAGUUAGCAGCUGCUGUUGCAAGUGUUGAGGCUGUUGAAAAGUUUCUGACUCCAGAAUUCAUCAAGCAAUUUCAGAGCUAUAUAUGCUCUGCACCAAUGUUAAUUCUUGAUGCAAAUUUGCACCCAAAAUCGAUUGAAUUUGCUUGUCAAAUUGCAGCAGCAGCUGGUAUCCCAGUAUGGUUUGAGCCUGUCUCAGUGAAAAAGUCUACAAGAAUUGCAACUGUUGUGAAUUAUAUAACUUGUGCUUCUCCGAAUGAAAAAGAGCUUAUUGCAAUGGCAAACGCUCUAUCAUCCAGGAAACAGUUCAAAUUUCACUGCGAAUCAACUAAAGGACAACGACAGUCUGUUGAAUCUCUGUUUCAAGUGCUGAAACCAGCAAUAUGUUUUUUGCUCGACAAAGGUAUUAAACUGCUUGUUGUGACUCUUGGCCCAGAUGGUGUUUUCUUAUGUAUUAGAGAAUGGCCAAGGUUUAAAAGUCAUGAUUUGAAGAGCAGCAAAUUGGACGGUCUUGGGAGGAUGUCACAUGAAUUUGUGGAUGAAAGCUGCUCCCUGAAGCAAAAUUGCACCACAAUAUCUGGACAGCUUGGUUUCAAGUCUUAUGCGUUUCAUUUUCCUGCACUUCAUGCAUCAGUGGUGAGCUUAACAGGAGCAGGUGACUGCUUGGUUGCUGGAAUCCUUGCAUCCAUUUCCUCUGGUUUCGACAUGAUGCGAAGUGUCGCAGUGGGCAUUGCUGUUGCAAAAGCAGCAGUUGAGAGUGAAACGAACGUUCCAGCUGAAUUCUUUUUACACAAUAUUGCAGGUGAAGCGAAGAUCAUUCUCUCGGGGGUUAAACAACUUCCCUUAUGAGUGAUCAAUGAUUAGCUUUCUACAAGCUGUUCCUUAGCCUAUCAUUAUGCCCUUUGUAUUUAUCAGUUCCCUGGAAGUGGAAUCAGUGCCUCACUUUUCUUUGAUGCUGUGCUUUGUAACAUUAUUGAUCAUUGCAGAUUAGCUUCCUGUGUCCUGAUCUCUUUCACAAUAAAAUAUUGUUCGGGGAUGAUUCUGUUA